UCGAGCGGGACCCGCGGCGCGCCCGGCCCCUCCGCGCAGAUGGCCACUCAAGUGGAGCCGCUGCUGCCGGCGGGCGCCGCGCUGCUGCAGGCCGACGAGCACGGCCUGGCGAGGAAGAAGCCGGCGCCCGACGCUCAGGCCGAGUCGGGCCCGGGCGACGGCGGCGGUGAGCCCGACGGCGGCGUCCGCAGGCCGCGGCCAGCCUGCGCCAGGCCUGGCCGCGACGGCGCAGAGCGCGAGAGCCCGCGGCCACCCGCAGCUUCGGAAGCCCCAGCGGGGAGCGACGGCGAGGACGGCGGCCGGCGUGACUUCGUGGAGGCACCGCCGCCCAAGGUGAACCCGUGGACGAAGCACGCGCCGCCGCCGGCCGCGGUGAACGGACAGCCGCCUCCAGAACCUUCUGCUCCAGCCAAGGUGGUGAGGGCAGCUGCUCCUAAACAGCGUAAGGGCAGCAAGGUUGGUGACUUCGGAGAUGCAAUCAACUGGCCUACACCUGGAGAGAUAGCCCACAAAAGUGUGCAGCCACAGUCCCACAAGCCUCAGCCUGCCCGUAAGCUGCCACCCAAGAAGGACAUGAAGGAGCAGGAGAAAGGAGAUGGAAGUGAUAGUAAGGAGAGCCCCAAAACAAAGUCGGAUGAAUCGGGGGAGGAAAAGAAUGGGGAUGAGGACUGCCAGCGAGGCGGGCAGAAGAAGAAAGGGAACAAACACAAGUGGGUUCCGUUGCAAAUAGACAUGAAGCCCGAAGUACCCAGAGAGAAAUUGGCUUCACGUCCUACUCGCCCACAGGAACCAAGACAUACACCUGCUCUCCGAGGGGAAAUUAAAGGAUCUGAACCUGCCACCUACAUGCCUGUAUCUGUGGCCCCACCAACCCCAGCCUGGCAACCAGAGACCAAACCGGAGCCUGCCUGGCAUGACCAGGAUGAGACAUCUAGUGUGAAGAGUGAUGGGGCUGGUGGGGCGCGGGCUUCCUUCCGUGGCCGUGGACGGGGGCGUGGUCGUGGACGGGGCCGUGGACGGGGUGGCACUCGAACCCACUUUGACUACCAGUUUGGCUACCGAAAGUUUGAUGGUACAGAGGGGCCACGCACCCCCAAGUACAUGAACAACAUCACUUACUACUUUGACAAUGUCAGCAGCACUGAGAUUUACAGUGUGGACCAGGAGCUGCUCAAGGAUUAUAUCAAGCGCCAGAUUGAAUACUACUUCAGCGUGGACAAUUUAGAGCGAGACUUCUUCCUGAGACGGAAAAUGGAUGCUGAUGGCUUCCUUCCUAUCACCCUUAUUGCUUCCUUUCACCGCGUACAGGCCCUAACCACUGACAUUUCACUCAUCUUUGCGGCUUUGAAGGACAGCAAGGUGGUAGAGAUGGUUGAGGAGAAAGUCCGAAGGAGGGAAGAACCUGAAAAGUGGCCACUGCCUGGGCCCCCAAUAGUGGAUUAUUCACAAACCGAUUUUUCUCAGCUUCUCAACUGCCCAGAGUUUGUUCCCCGCCAGCUCUACCAGAAGGAGACAGAGUCAGCACCUGGCUCUCCCCGUGCAGUCACCCCAGUGCCAACCAAAACAGAGGAGGUCAGCAACCUGAAGACCCUUCCCAAGGGCCUGUCUGCCAGCCUCCCAGAUCUAGAUUCUGAGAGCUGGAUUGAAGUGAAGAAAAGGCCUCGGCCCUCACCAGCACGCCCCAAGAAGUCAGAGGAGCCCAGGUUCUCCCACCCAACUGCUCUGCCUCAGCAGCUUCCCUCCCAGCAGCUGAUGUCUAAGGAUCAAGAUGAGCAAGAAGAACUAGACUUUCUGUUUGACGAGGAGAUGGAGCAGAUGGAUGGGCGGAAGAAUACCUUCACUGCCUGGUCUGAUGAGGACUCUGACUAUGAAAUCGAUGACCGGGAUGUCAAUAAGAUCCUCAUUGUCACUCAAACACCACCUUACAUGCGUCGGCACCCUGGAGGGGACCGUACAGGCAACCACACUUCUCGUGCCAAGAUGAGUGCUGAGCUGGCCAAGGUCAUUAAUGAUGGACUCUUCUACUAUGAACAAGACCUAUGGACUGAGAAGUUUGAGCCUGAGUAUUCACAGAUCAAGCAAGAAGUCGAAAACUUCAAGAAAGUGAAUAUGAUUAGUCGGGAGCAAUUUGACACUCUGACCCCUGAGCCCCCUGUGGAUCCUAACCAGGAGGUUCCUCCUGGGCCACCUCGAUUCCAACAAGUUCCUACUGAUGCUUUGGCCAACAAGCUGUUUGGUGCUCCCGAGCCAUCUACCAUUGCCCGUUCUUUACCAACCACUGUCCCAGAGUCUCCAAACUACCGAAACGCCAGGACUCCCCGCACACCCCGGACCCCCCAGCUCAAAGAUUCUAGUCAGACAUCACGGUUUUACCCAGUGGUAAAAGAAGGACGGACCCUAGAUGCCAAGAUGCCUCGAAAAAGAAAGACAAGGCACAGCUCGAACCCCCCCUUGGAAAGUCAUGUGGGCUGGGUGAUGGAUUCUCGGGAGCACAGACCCAGGACUGCUUCUAUUAGCUCCAGUCCUUCAGAGGGAACACCUGCAGUCGGCAGCUAUGGCUGUACCCCUCAGUCACUGCCUAAGUUCCAGCAUCCCUCCCAUGAGCUGCUCAAGGAAAAUGGCUUCACGCAACACGUCUACCACAAGUACCGGAGGCGCUGCCUUAAUGAGCGGAAGCGCUUGGGCAUUGGCCAGUCUCAGGAGAUGAACACCCUCUUCCGCUUUUGGUCCUUCUUCCUCCGAGAUCACUUCAAUAAAAAGAUGUAUGAAGAGUUCAAGCAGCUGGCACUGGAGGAUGCCAAAGAAGGCUACAGGUACGGUUUGGAGUGCCUUUUCCGAUACUACAGUUACGGUCUAGAGAAGAAGUUCCGGCUGGACAUAUUCAAGGAUUUCCAGGAGGAGACCGUGAAGGACUAUGAGGCUGGCCAGCUCUAUGGAUUGGAGAAGUUCUGGGCCUUCUUGAAAUAUUCCAAAGCCAAAAAUUUGGACAUUGACCCCAAACUGCAAGAAUACCUCGGCAAAUUCCGCCGUCUAGAAGACUUCCGAGUGGACCCCCCCAUGGGCGAGGAAGGCAACCACAAGCGACACCCAGUAGUAGCAGGAGGCAGCGGAGAGGGCAGGAAGCGGUGCCCUUCCCAGUCUUCCAGCAGGCCUGCCUCUGGGAUCAGCCAACCCCCUACGACACCUACUGGCCAGGCCACUCGAGAAGAUGCCAAAUGGACAAGCCAGCACUCGGACACACUGACUUUGGGAAAGUGAAUGCCCAGAAGCCCCCUGGGGUUUGGGAUAGACGGGGUGGGGUGGGUGAAGAUCUAUGGGGGUGCCCAGGCCCAGGAAAGUGAACAAGAGAAGGGACAGGCCUAGAGUUACUAAGGAUGGGCCUUUGCACUAAGUAGCAGUGUAUACCAUUUGGGCUAUUAGCGGUGCUCCUGGGCAGGAGCCUCCAAGUACCCCAUCCCCUUCUUUCUUCAUGACUUCCAUCAUAACUUCUAAGGGGGGAGGGGAAGGGGGGAGAUUUUAUAUAUAUAUAUAUAUAUAUAUACAUAUACAUAUAUAUAUAUCAAGUUUUAAAUUAUUGAUAGUUUGUCUGGAUUACCAAAAUCACUCUUCAGCCCUUCCUGCGGCUCCUAGGCCGAUCUGUCUCCCCCACCCCUUCCCUCUCCCCUCAAGCCAACUAUGCAGCCCACCAGAAGGCUCUGGCGGUGCCCAUGGGCCCCAGAAGCACCAGCCCCUUGAUCACCUGGGGUUUGCCAUCACCGUGUCCCUGCUGUUCCACAUGCCCUUCUGCCACCUCUGGGGGAAGGAAACCAAAGGAUCUCAGUGGGGGUUGGGGAGCUUCAGCCUCUCCCCCCUCACCCCCUCGCCCCACCCCAGAGACGCUGCUCACACCAGAAGAGACUAUUGAAAGAUGAUUCAUUUUAUUUUUUCUCUGACCUUUCCAUCCUUGGGAAAACAGAAAAAAAAAAAAAAAAAAAAAAGUAAAGGAAGAAGAAGAAAGAUUUAAAAAAAAAAAAAAAAGAUAAAACCGACCACUUAAAAAAUGACAAAAAAAAAAAAAAACAAAAAACCCAGAACCCACCUAAUCCAUAGAAAGUGAUGUCUUUCCCCUCCUUGGAAUUUUUCUUCUGUUCUGUUUUUGGAAAUAAUAUUUUUUUAAAAGUUGCCUUAUUGUGGAGCGGGAACCUGAACUAAUGCCCAAAUGCCUGUUUUCCUUGAGCCUCCGGAAGAGCUCCACCUGCCUGGGAUGUCCCUGGGCUUGGACUGACUAGAAUUUUCCUCCGGACUGAGUUGCAUGUACCGGGCCUCCUACCUGGAAGCAAGAGAGUUGGGGCAGUUCUAUCAGAGCUGUUCCCAGGACACCCCUGCUGUUGCAUUGUUCGAAGCUGAUGUCCUGUGUCUGCACACUGUUGCCACUGUCCUUGUUCUGCUUGCUGUAGCCUCACCAGGCCCAUCACGCCCUACCCUACCCUAUCCUCGGAACCCUAAGGCCAAGUUUGCUUCAGACUGUUGUAAACAGAAUUGGUCUUGCCUGGUACACACUUGUCCUCAGUCUGCACAUCUCCCCAACCCCAGAACAAGGGGAUGAACACCCACUGAUGUCCUCAGCUUAGAUCUGUUUCUAAUCUUAAGACCUUUGACUUCAAGGAAGUUUGUAUCACAAGGUGAAGAAAGGUGCCAUUCUCUAACGGUCUGGUGUGGUCUUCCCAUCUUAAUACCAUCACCCCCUGCAAGCCAUCUCUGCCUACCCUCUCAUUGACCCUGCCUGGGAUCAAGGGGUGAGAGGAACCAAGGGCUGGGGAAUCCUGCCGUUUGGUGAAGCCCCAUGGCAGGAAGGUAUAUGUGGACAUAGAGUAUACCUGACUUCUCUUCAAAAGCCACUGACUGCCCGAGCUGCACUUCAAAUGCCAGAGGAGUGGCUGGAGGCUGCUGUCACCAGGAGCUGAGGAGGGUGAUGAAGGACUGAGCACACAGGCUGGGGAGACUGCAGGCUCACCCCACACUGGGACCUGGGCUGCAUGAGGGGGUGUGGUCUUUUUGCUCAGUUGAUUGAAACUUGUGUGACCUUCCUCAUCACUGAGUUCCUCUGUUGUCCCAAAAGUUGGGACUAGGACACAGCAUCUCAGGCUAGCAAGAGCUUGCCCUCUGCCUUUGGGUACCUUGUUAUUUUUAGCUAAUGCCUUGCCCCACUCUGUCCUCCCAGUGUUUAGAAUGUGGGAAUCCCUUGUCAGCUCCUGUGACUCACUUGUCUCAAACAAAAAUGGGAACAGGAUCUGCUGCUGGGAUCUGAGGCCUUCUCCUGAGUCUGGUACCUGCCCUAUGGUACACCUUCACCAAACAGUGGGCUCCCUUCUUCCCUUCCCUUUCUCCUUUCCUUUCCUCACUCAGCCCUAUACUGUAUACCCAGCACCGCAGAACCUCAGGGCUUGAGGCCCAGUGUCAGGGAAGGUGGUUUCCAUCUAGACUAUCCAGGCUAGGUUUGCCAUCCUCUCCCAGAUCCUCCCAGACCCUCUGAGGGAAGAAGCCCCUCUUGGGUGGAAAGGUGAGGCUAUCAUCUCAACAUAGGCUGAGGAGGGGUGGGAGUGUGUGUGAGUGUGUGUGUGUGUGUGUGUGUGUGUGUGUGUGUGUGUGUGUGCGUGUGUGUGUGCGUGUGUGUGUGUGCACGUGCGCACGCGCGCGUUUGUAUUUUUUGUGACAUGUUAAGAGUUGAUGUUGCAGAGUAGUUUACAUCUUCACCUUCUGAAGACACUUGAAUUUAGGACCGAUGUAUCUGUGACAAGUAUGCCAGGAGUGGCGGGGGCCACCAGAGCAAGCCACUUCCCCAUCACCAUCUUCCCAUGGGAUCCAAGACCUAAGACAGACAGCCUGCCAAAUGGAACCGCCUUCAUCCUCUGCCUGUGCGGGGUUGGUCAUCCACCUGGGCCCAGCAAGGGGCAGAUUGUGGUUUGCCCUCUGCACCUCAGAGCAGAUUUGCUACUCGAAGAGAAGGCUGCCUGGCCCUGCUCCAGCCUGGACCCCAGGUUCAGACAGAGGUGCUGAGCCCCAUGUCAAGUUGUUGGAUGUUUUUGUUCUGUCACUCCUUCCCACUCCUUUUUGAUGACAUUUACAAAUGAAAGCAAGCUGCUUGGAAGGUCUGGACUGAGGGAAAGGGCAUGAAGACAAGGUUAAUGGUGGGGAGUGCUAGAGGCUUGGGUUACCUGGUCCCCCUGGAUGGGACCCCAGAGUAGAGUCUCUUGUUAAAGAGCCUUUAGGUUCUCCCCAGCUCCCACCCUCUCCUCCAGCCAUGGUGAUGGCAGAGGCAGAAGAAAACUUUGAGCCCAGUUCUCACAGGAAAGGAAAACUCUCAUGGGCUUUGUAGAGAAGGUUCCACCUUACGCUCAUACAUUGUCUUUACCAUGUGCUAGGAUAUCACAUUCAACAGGACAAAAAAAAAAUGUAAAAUACUUGAAUGAGCUUGUAUUAUAACAUUAAUAUUAUUGAGAGUGUCUGCUUCCCAG